ACAACGUUGUAGGUUAUUUGGUUAUUGAUCGACGACGUGACCAUUAUCCACAUGCGUGCUAUGUAUUCCUUGGUCUGUUGAAGCCAUCUAUGAUCGAACUCGAUGAUUUGAUCGUUAACAAAACCAUCCAAAACCAACGAAAUCCAACGUUUUCUUUCUUCAAUUUUGUGCGUAUCUGUUGUAUAGAGUGCUGCGAGCUUUAACUUUUAGUAUAACAAUGGACAGUAUUCCGAAAUAUAAUAAAAACCCGCAUAAUCUGCAAGAGUUGAUCGAAAGUUUACACGCACUUUUCGCUGAAGAAAAUGUGAACGUUGAAGAGGUACAAGAAGUGAUGGAACGGUACAAGAGCACUGAAGAUGAUUGGGAGAAAUUUGCCAUUUAUGACGAACACAGGUAUACAAGAAAUCUGGUGGAUGUUGGUAACGGCAAGUUUAAUCUGAUGGUGUUGUGUUGGGGUGAGGGCAUGGGAAGCUCCAUACACAGCCAUUCGGAUUCCCACUGUUUCAUGAAGGUACUAGAUGGCUCGCUUAAAGAAACGUUAUAUAACUGGCCAUCACGCUCGGAGAAAAAAAGCGAGAUGCAGCAUGGGGCAGAAUCCACUUAUAACAGAGAUCAAGUGACAUAUAUUAAUGAUAAGCAUGGUUUACAUCGGAUUGAGAACCAAAGCCACACAGACACAGCAUGCAGUCUACAUCUAUACUCCCCUCCAUUUGACAGUUGCUUGUCGUUUGACCAGCGGACGGGAAAAUCACAUACAGUGAAAGUUACAUUCUGGAGCAAAUUUGGAGAACGCACUCCUUUUACAACUGGUGGCUGUUCAACUAGUCAUUGCAUGGAAGCAGAGGAUAACUAAAGCAGAAUCAACAUCUCCAACAAACUAGUGUAAUCUGUUGUAAUAUCACCACGCCUGCUUCCACAAAAUGAUGGUAAAGAUUCAAUUUGUUUUGAAAGCCCGAUAAUCAGAAUCCAUUUUGAAACGAGCUACCAAAUUGUGUGCAGCGAUUAGUGAAAUGCAUUGUGAAACAUGAGUCAUGUGAAUUGCAGUAUUUUCAAUGUGUUAUACUUUGGACUUUUACAGCCACUUUUACAGUUUUACAUUGUUUAUAGCUUUACUUUCAAUUGUGGGAACGGGCCAUUAAGUUUAUAAGCUUUUUGCUUAUUUGUUUAUUUAACACAAAGCAGCGUGCAGGUUGUAUUGUCUCGAGGUAUUUAUUCAGGCAUGCAAAUCUUCCCCGUUUCCGCGUAAAAAAAAACAAAUGAUAAGCGCAAAAAAAAA